CAAACAUCGUCGCGAGCUUGCAAUCGCUUCCCAUGUGGACCAAUGCCUCGUUUCACAGUCCGCAAUGCCGUUAUUGCAGUGAAUAUACUGCUCCUCACUGCCCUAUUUGUUCAUUUGAAGAAUGAGUUAUGGGACAAGCACUCCCCUACAGCGGACCUCGGUGGCCCAUCACACAUACCAGACGAGCUGCUAGACGAUUACCAAACAGCCGCAACGUCACACGUUGAUAGCGGGAAAACAUUGAAGGUCAAUUCCGGAGUCGAGUCGCGGAGAACGGCAGUCGUGGUCGCCAGCCAGGCCUCUGAAAACGCGACAUGGCUCCACCAGUACUUCCCAGACUGGGAGAAGAACAUCUACAGGGUAGACGAUGCCAAUGCGCCGCUCACGGUGCCGAAGAACAAGGGAAGAGAGAGUAUGGUGUACCUGACCUACAUAAUAGACCAUUACGACGCUUUGCCUGACAACGUACUCUUCAUUCAUCCCAACCGCUACCAAUGGCACAAUGACGACCCCGACUACGAUGGCCUCCCUAUGCUGCGGCACUUCCAGAUACCCUAUCUCGAGAAAGAGGGCUACGUCAACAUCCGCUGUGCCUGGCCGCUCGGUUGCCCUAACGAGAUAAAACCGCUUGAGGAGGCAGGGGAGCACAGGGAGGCUGUGCAUGCUGGGGGUGACUACAAGAUGGCGUUCCAGCAGUUGUUUCCUGGGGUCAAGGUGCCCGAGUCUGUUGGCGUGAGCUGCUGUGCACAAUUUGCCGCUACGAGGGAGAAGAUUAGGGAGAGAAAGAAGAGCGAUUAUAUACGUUACCGGGACUGGAUCGUUGAGACAAAACUCGAUGACAGUAUCAGUGGACGGGUACUGGAAUAUUCGUGGCAUAUGAUCUUUGGCAAGAAACCGGUACACUGUCCAUCUGCAAAAGAGUGUUACUGCAAGGUCUUUGGCCUUUGCAAGCUCGACUGCGGAGACGCAGGAAGCUGCGAAGGGCGGUAUACACUACCACGAUAUUCCAGCCUUCCUGUAGGUUGGCCCUUCAUCGGCUGGGAAGGUGAAGACCGUCAAAGAGCGGCUCCUGAGGAAUGAAAUCAGCUCAGUGAACUUUAUCGAACCAACCCUAUAAGUUCCCAUCGACCAUGUGCACCUCAUGGGAUACUCUCGCACUGUUACAUUCCACGCCCUGCUCGGAAACCAUCAUCCGCGUUGUGGAAAAGACUGGAUAUCGUCAAGCGACUACACGCAAGCGCCAUCUCGUCAUCAAUUUAGUACGCAUUCGACACAAAAUUGCCAACUCGCAACCGCUUCAACAUUCAGCC